UAAGAGACGGAGAACUUCUUCAGUAAUGCUCAUAUUUUCUGUUAAGUUGGUAAAAACGCAUUGCAGCUAAGUGCUGCUGAUAAACAGAAUGGAGGAGUAUAUCUCAAAGCGUAAGUGUGCACCUCUUCCUCUCUCCGCUCUGCGCCUGCUGGUCCCACCAAUUCAGCUGGUCUCAGCAGCCAUCUGGCAGACCGUCCAGCAGAGAGUUGUGGCUGACUAUGGGAUGCUUGAGGAGUUUGUUUCCAUGGUAACAGACAUUGUGCCAGAGCUGCUCACCAGUCAUCAGAGGGCCCAGCUCACCCUGGGCCUCAGAGCACGGCUGAUCCUGGAGUUGUGUCAGUUUGAAACAACAGCUGACUUUGGGAUUGUUCAGCCUCACCUGGACAGGAUGCAGGUCCUCACUGAGGCAUGGGUAGCACAGGCUGGUGCUGCAAAUAUGGACCAACAACCCAACUCAAACUUUGUAGAUCUUGUUAAGAACUUGCUGAACAAUCCCGAGGAGAGGGAACGAUUCUUUCAGAAAGUUUUCAUUGAAGAAUUUGGUCCUACAUAUGAUGACUCUCUACACACCUUGACGUGGCUGUUUCUGUCCAGACUUGAGAAGUUUCUUCCUCUUCAAACGUUCCAACAGGUUGCUUCCGUGUUUGGUGAGACGUCCUCAGUUCUGGAGGGUUAUAUAGAGUCUGUGUCUCACUGUGAGGAGCUCAAAACCCUGCUGCAGUACCAAAAAGACCUCAGCCAACUGGAUCACAAUGAUGGGUCCUUGGAUGGUGCCUGCAUUAUUUCAGCUCUGAAACUUCCUUCUGUUGAAAGACCAAUGACAGAGAAGUUACAAUCACAAGCCCACAGCCUGCAUGAUACACUUUCAGGUCAUUCUCUUUCCCUCUCUGCUCUGCGCCUGCUCGUCCCACCAAUCCGCCUGGUCUCCGCAGCGAUCUGGCAGACGGUGGAGCAGAAGAUCGUGUCGGAUUAUGGGCUACUGGAGGAGUUUGUGUUCAUGGUCACAGAGAUUGUUCCCCAGCUUCUGACCACGAGGCAGCGGGCUGAACUCAUUUUGGGUCUAAGAGCAAGGCUGAUCCUGGAGCUGUGCCGCUCUGAGGAAACUGCUGACAUCCAGAUUAUCCAGCCACAUCUUGACCGUAUGCAGAACCUCAGAUCUCUUUGGAACGUUGAGACUGAAAAUGCAGAUCAAGACGUAUCUGACUCACAUUUUAUGGGCCUUGUACAAAAUCUUCUGAGAGAUUCUGAAGAGAGAAAAAACUUUUUUCAGGAUGUUUUCCCAGGAGACUUUGGCCCAACAUAUGACAAAGCAAUCCAGACACUGAUGUGGCUCUUCCUGUCCAGACUGGAAAAGCUUCUUCCUUCCCAAACUCUCCAACAGAUUGCAUCCCUGCUCAGCGAUGCCUCUUCUAUUCUGAAUGAAUGUAUGGGAUCUUUUGCUGAACCCGAGGAACUCAAAACCUUGCUCGAUACUCACAAAGACCUUAACCAACUAGAGGACAUUGAUUCUUACAUUGUUGAUAGUGGCAUCUUGUCAGCCCUGUGUCUCCCCCCUGUGGAGAGAGUCGUGAUCGUCAAUGAACAAACAGAAACAGAGGCGGAGACCGGCCUCGUGUACACAGUCUGCACAGAGAUGGAGGUGGAGUCUGAGAAUAAAGAGGUGUACAUUGAAGGAACUGGGAACUCAGAGGAAUGUGUGCAAACCCCCUGGUUGGGUCUCGGCAGCGAGGUGAAAGCAGAAGUUGUCUCCGAGGUGGUUCCAGAUCCAGUCGAAGGUACCGAGGCCAGCGAGAGCGAGAUGGCUGAGGAGCACCAGGAGGGCCAAUCCGAAACUCUGAUCAUUGGGGAGGACGGCCAGGUGACAGUACUCGAGGACGUGGAAAAGAAGCCAAACAGACGCGGGAGAAAAAAGAAACGUCCUGAAGAUGAAGACUUUAAAGUGGAAAGCAGAGCGGGGGACCAAGAAGCAGAUCCCGAAUUUGACGUCUUGUGGGAAAGACCGGUGCGAAAGAACCGUGGACUCCGGAUGAAGGGUUACCUGUCACAGUGGAGGAAAACGGGAAAGACGCAGGGCGCUAACAGUAACAGUAACCCUAAGAAGUUAGCCAGAUCCCAAGCUUCAGCCAAAAGCAACGACUUGGACGAGAGAACGUGCAAAAUUUGCGGCAAGGUGGUGAGUCGUCCCAAAUUCUUGGAGCGACACAUGAGUCAACACUCAGAGGAAGUGCCCUAUUCUUGCAUGGUGUGUAAAAGGUUUUACAAGAGCUUACGGUACUUGCAGCAACACAAAUGUCAAAGUCUGACGAAAGCCAAAGGUGGCAAGAAAGCCAAGGAACAAGAGACUGAAGCAGAGGAGGGUGAACAAUCAUCCAGCAUGGCUCCUUGCGAUACGGCCAAUGAAGAGCAGCUGCAAGACAGCAUGGACCAGGACCCAGAUUACUCACCCUCUGGAGAAAGGGGGUCUUCCAGAGAGUCUGGACAGAAAAGCCCAGAUGGAAACAAAAGUAUCUUAGAAGGUCCGUUCUACUGUCCUCACUGCAGCGUCGAGUUCAAGUGCAAACAAACAUUCAGGUUCCACUUGAGAAAUAUUUGCUACAACGAGCAACAGGUGGAUCCCGAGAAGCCAGAGGACGUAAAGCAUUGUUUCCAGUGUGACGAAUGUGACAAGGCGUUCAAAUACAAGUCGACGUUGGAUUCCCACAAACAAACUCACAACCCACUGUACUGUGAGGUGUGCAUGAAACUGGUACGAGACCCUGAGGCGCUGGCAAUGCACAAAGAAUCACACACUCCAUUUCAGUGCAACCAGUGCGAGGAGAACUUCCCUGUGUUCAAGGCCCUUCAUAAGCAUUACAUCGACGUCCACAAUCCCACCGAGCCAUUCACCUGCACCCACUGUCAGACAACCUUUGCCAGUUUGAAACGUUUCAUCAGGCACGAGUGGAAACACACCGGCUACCAACCUUUCCAGUGCCCUCACUGCACGAAAAGAUUCCGCUCUUACUCCGACCUUGUGGAACACCAGAAAAAACACACCAAAGCAUAUCCUUUCCUCUGCUGGGAAUGUGGCAAGAAAUUCAGACACGGUGUGACUUUAACCAGACACGUCGAACGUGUGCAUCACUCCGGUGAACCCAUAACCGAGAAACCCUCGCCAACCUUCACCUGCGCUCAGUGCGGCAAGACCUUCACUUCCAGAAGAUGCCUUCUGAAACACGAUAACUUCCAUCACAAAGGGUUGCGUUUCCCGUGCGAGCACUGCGGAAAAGGAUUCUUUGGCAAAGACGCCUUGGUGAGACACACUUUGAUUCACACGGGUGAACGGCCUUUCAAGUGCGACGACUGCGACAAGUCUUUCAGGUCCGCCGCAGAACUUAAGAUACACAGGAGAUAUCACACCGGGGAAAGACCGUUUAAGUGUAAUGUCUGUGAUAAAGGUUUUGUCCAGUCAUGCUUUCUCACCCUACACAUGCGAACCCACACCGGAGAGAGACCGUAUGUCUGUAAUGUAUGUAACAAGGGCUUUUCAAGCUUACAUGGCCUAAAAAGACACCGGCGGCUCGUUCAUUCGUAGUUCAUGCUAACAUGAUAGGUACCAUAGUUUAAUUUUCCUCUAUUGAAGGAGGUCUGAAGUCAGCAUCAGACAUACACUGAAACUUGACAGACUGUUAAAGGUAUGCUUGCUGAUUUGAGACGGGGAAUUAAAACCAGGUUGAAAGGACUGAUUCCUUAACAUGCAGGCCGCAGCACUGCUUCUGUGGCUGUCACAGCUUGGACUGUUAGGAAACCUUUGGAAUUGUAUAGUGCAUUAUAAAAAUGUAACUGUAUUUUUUACAGAAAUGUUUGCUGUAGUUCUACAUAAGAUUAGUAUGUAUAAAGAUAUAAACCAUAAUUCCUUUGGGAAUUAAUUUUCUUUUUCUUGAAUAAAUUGAACAUUUGA